GCCGUCGCGUGAUGAAACUGCAAGAAAUGAAAGUAAAAUCUGACGUGUCUCACUGCUGUUUGUAUAUAAGAAGAGAAGCGUGUGAUGCAGAAUAGUUAUGUAGUAACAUUAGGACCGAGGCGACAUCUUUAUCAACUUUAAACUGAAAGACGGAGGCCGUUAAAACAUCAACAUCUUUAUACAACGUUAGAUCUAAUGAUGCGCUCCAGACAGAGGGGAUCUAAUCUCGGCCUGCUCUUGCUGGCCUCACAGGUUUUCCAGCUGGGUUUAGACAACAUCCCACCUGUUACCCUGGCAACAUUAGGACUCAAUGUCUAUUUAUUUCUGUUUCCACUCAAACCCUUGUUACAGACAUGUUUGAGUGUCCGGGAGGCAUACUGGUACAGAGACUGGUAUCGUUUGCUCCUGUCUCCGUUUCACCACGUCGAUGACAUGCACCUGUACUUCAACAUGGCCUCCCUUCUUUGGAAAGGCAUCAAGCUGGAGAGGAACCUGGGAGGGCCUUGGUUCGCAUACCUGCUGUCUGUCUUCUCUGUGCUCACCGGAUUGGUCUACCUGCUCUUGGAGGUGGGACUGACGCGCGUGACGGAAGAUUCCUCGUACAGUUUGCAGUGUGCGGUGGGGUUCUCUGGUGUUCUGUUUGGGCUGAAGGUGGUGAAUAAUCAUUAUCAUCCAGGUAGCACCACUUACAUCAUGGGUCUGCCUGUUUCCAGUCGCUACGCCUGCUGGGUGGAGUUGAUCCUCAUCCAUAUCAUGAACCCAGGCACCUCAUUUGUUGGACACCUGGCUGGCAUUCUGGUUGGAUUGCUCUACACAAAAGGACCUCUGAAAAGCCUCAUGAAAACAUGUGCAGGUUUUGUGACAUUGAAUGGCAAUAACGGAAGGCAGCGGAUAUACAAUUCCUCAGGAUACAGUGGUUAUGGGACACCAUAUCCUCCAAACUCUUAUGGUCAGCAGUCAUUUAAUCCCAGGCACGAUAACGCCCCAUACAGGGACACAUACAACACACACAUGCCCUCUGCACCUCCCCAGCACUCGUAUACAGCUGGUCUGUCAGAAGAGGAACAGUAUGAGGAAGCUGUAAGGGCCAGUCUGAACGACAGAGGGAGAUCUAUGCCAACAAGAUCACAUGGCCACUCUGACCCAAUCGCCGAAGAGGUCCGCUGGCGUCGACUUCAAAGAUUUAACAGCUAAGCGCCUGCUAGAUAACACGGGACAAACAUUGAGCAAUUACUGCUAGAUGGUUUGCAGUAAAGAAUGUAAGACCUGGUUGGUAAAAUAGGCUUUAUGAUGUCACAGGUGAAUUUGCAUUGGAACAUAUUCUUAACGUUAGUGAUGCAUGAUUUUAUAAGUGCCUUUUCCAUGCAGUAUAUUGAAUGUGUAAAAUGAUCCUUGUUAAUCUGCCAACACGUUUUACUAGUUAUUGACAUUUUGUGAAAAAGUUAUUGCUAUUGUGUCACUAAAAGCACUUGCAAUGUUUAAAAAACUUUAUAAAUACUAUUUCUCAAGACAGUAUAUUUUUUGUAAACAAACAAUAAAACAUGUUUCAUGUUCUUGUUGAAUGAUUUUGCAUUGGUUACAAGUUUCUAGGUAAACAGGUGUUUUUGGUAACACUUUACAAUAAUGUUGUUUGUAAACAUUCAUUGGUAAA